AAGUAAAUUGUACAAAAAAAUCAUAAAUUCUCAUACAUCGAACUUUAUUACUAAAACGAGCAUUUAAUGGGUACUCCCUCGUUGAGUGUACUGGAACGCAUACAAUUGAAAUGUCAUUGCAUUGUUGUUUACCGAUUUGUGUUGAUUAGUUAGUAGUAAGAAUAAAAAGAAUGUUUCCAACCAGUUCACAACGUCAUUUUUGGACUUUUCACAGUGAAGAACAAAUCCAAGAACUUCGGCGAAAACAUAACCAAGAAUAUCAACAGAGAUACAACGAACGUUUGAAUUUAAAUCCUGAACAACAGAGAGCAUUCUUUCUAUCCUACGAGGAAGAGCAAAAACUAUUACGUAAUUAUGAAUACAAUUUGAAAGAAUUUUGCCGGCGAUUCGAGCCACCGAUGCCAAAAUGUGUGGUUGGAACUGCGUUCCAUUAUUUCAAACGAUUUUAUUUGUACAAUUCGGCGAUGGACUAUCAUCCUAAAGAAAUUUUGGCCACUUGUGUUUACCUGGCAUGCAAAACGGAAGAGUUCAAUGUGUCAAUUGGACAAUUCGUUGGCAAUAUCAGAGGUGAUCGUGUGAAAGCAAUGGAUAUUAUUUUAUCAAAUGAAUUAUUGUUGAUGCAACGACUGAACUACUACCUCACCAUACACAAUCCAUAUCGGCCAGUUGAAGGUUUCUUGAUUGACAUUAAAACCAGAGGCUCAUUGCUGAAUCCGGAUCGAUUGCGAAAUGUUAUUGAUGACUUUCUGGAGAGAUCAUUCUUCACGGAAGCCUGUCUUCUCUAUGCACCAUCGCAAAUUGCACUGGCUGCUGUACUGCGUGCCGCCAGCAAAGAACAAGAAAAUCUUGAUAGUUACGUUACUCAAUCGUUGUUUGGCGGUUGCCAAGAAAAAUUAGAUACAUUAAUUGGAGCUGUGCGUAAUAUACGUUUAAUGGUUACAAAAGUUGCUAUACCCGAAAAGGAGGAAUUCAAACGAAUCGAAAAAAAAUUAGAGAAAUGCCGAAAUCAAGAAAAUAAUCCAGACAGUGAAGAAUACAAAAUUCGAAUGCGACGAAUGAUGCUGGAGGAUGAAGACGAUCUAGACGUCGCUCUUGACACAAGCUCAUUUUCAAUGGUGGAUCGGACCAGUUUGGCCAACGAAUCUAUGAUCAGCCUAGAUCCUUGAAGGAUCCUUGAAUUUGGUUACACUUACGUUUAAAAGCUGAAUAUGCUUAAUCAUUCUCAGAAUCUGAUUCGUUGAAUUUUUUUUGGAGCGCAUUCUAUCAUUCCACUCAUGUUAGCGUGCAUUUUUUUUAUUGUUAAAUUAGAAUUAAAACGGAUUUGUAAUUAAAGAAAUAUAUUAAAUGAAAAA